AUGUCAAAUGCUGUAGUUUUAUUUAUAUCAUUAUCAGUGUACUUUAUUGUUGCAAUAUUAUAUGGUGCAGAAGUUUUCAGCAAAUAUGAAGAAACAUUUAUGUUUAGUUUAAUAUUAACAACACUUACAAUUUAUCCACCUUGUAUUACAUUAAGCCAUAAUAGUGUUUGGGCUCUCAUUUUGGGAAGUAAACCUCACAAUAAAUUAGAAGAGCUACAUUAUCAGAAUAUUUACCUGACUGUAUUAGGAGCAUGGCUUGGAGCAUUCGUCAUACCUUUAGAUUGGGAUCGUCCUUGGCAAAUUUGGCCUAUUCCAUGCUCUUUUGAUGAUUGCAUAUUAUCUUGGACAUGCUCAUUGACAUCUAAAUAUUAUGCGUAA